AUGCCAAACUUGAAUGAACUAAUCCAGUUGAUGGAAAGAGCCAAUGAGCUAAUAAGAGAUCAUCGUAAGAAUCCAGACUCUGCAUUUCCUACAGACAUAAAGUAUCUGAAGCCAAUCAUGGGAAGUAUUGAUAUCCUAAAGUCUAAAAAUAGUCAGGCAAUAACAUUGUGGUUGGAGUUGCUACUCCGGAAUCCAUUUCCAUUAAAGAUCGAUGAAGAAAGCCUAAGUAAGAUGGUAAGUUUUUUUUUGGAGGCAACAAAGACAACAGAGACUAGGAAGCCGGCAUUUAAGUGUCUUGCGAUGCUUGCACAGAGGGCAAAUGUAAUGCAUUGCUCUACAGAGGAGCCGUCUUUCUAUAUACAUAACAUUGAGGUUUCUGAACUUACAUAUUAUGAAUUCCUCGCCAAACUAUCGAGUUUUGGAAAGAAAGUGCAAUUAGCACCAGUUGAAGAUCACGAUUCUGUAAUGAUUAAGAAGAUGAAGAUGAAAAUCAUGUCUAACAAUCCAACCGAUAAUGUUUUGAAGUGCUUCUUUGAAAUGCUAAAUGAAAGAGAUUCCAGACUGGGAUGGACACUAUGUAAGUCCUUUCUCAAAGUCAUCAAGUAUGUUGAGACGGGCUCUGUCGUUUCGGCCCUCAAGGAAAGGUGUAGUGUAAUAUUUGCUAAUGAAAAUACCUGGAUAAAUGCCAUGACGAUUCUUGGAAUGAUGUCCCUUCAGGGAUGGGACAUAGGAGACGUGUCUGACAUUGUUCUAAAGGGUAUUAGCUACACAAAUGAGAUGGUCAGCAACUCUGAAACGGUUCGCGAGUCUGCCUUGUUUCUUUUGUGGGCGUUAACCCGAAAAAGCAAUGCAGUAGGAAAGGAUCUUCUUUGUUUGGUGGUAGGAAGAGCCCUGUUUGAUCCUUCGCUUUCUUGUAGAAGAGGGGCGUCAGCCGUUGUUUUAGAGCAUAUUGGAAGAUUCCCAGAAGCCGGAAAAGAAGAGAUAGUCUCCCUGAUAAACUUCCAUUCGGUAAAAAGACUAAGAAAUUGUUCUAAGGCAGUGAAAAGAGUUCUAGAGAUAUUGAAAUGUGAAGAAGUGUUUGAAGAAAUACUUCUCAAGAAUUUGCUCCAUUGCAAUUUGGAGACUAAGAGGCAAAGCGGAUAUUGCAUUUCUAGACAUUUUAGGGGAGAUAAAGUUGUGGAAUACAUCAGCUCUAUCAAUCCGAAGACACCUUCAGACUUCAUCAGCAUUCUUAUUGUUAUCCAAGAGUUUACUGAACAGAGUCGAGAACACGAAAUAGAAAAAAUCGUAGAGACAAUUGCAAAGCUGAAGGUGGAUCCUUCAUUUUGUAAAUAUAAGGACUUUGAUAUUUUUGUAGAAAACUAUCUGAGGGUCAUUGAGGACCUUAGGGCCCUGGAAAGUAGAGAUAUUAUCUGUGGGAAUUUGUACAUGUUCCUGAUAAAGAAUGUCCUUCCCUCAGAGGUAUCAAGGGUAUCCUGGAGAUUCAUCAGCGAAGACGAAGGAUUUGCAAGCAAGGUGGCUCAAUCGUUCAGGAGAGGGACCGAGGGGCUUAUUCUUGCAAAUGCAAGGAACAGCAGAUAUAAAGAGAAGUUGGGAAAAGGAUAUCUAGAAUUACUGGAACAUGGAAACAUUGACACAAAGGCAUAUGCUAUGAAGGCCAUUAGACUUUCUGGAGACAUAGAGAAAUACAAAGAUCACAUUCUUGGCGGGCUGGAAAACUACCAUACGGACUUCCGGGGGGAUGUAAGUUUCAGAUUACGAAGAGAGAGUUUAAUGGCCUCUUUUCUAAUGGAAGAUAGAACUAUCUCUUCAAGAUAUUUUAUAAGGUAUUUUGUCGAUAAGUCAAAGAUACUGAGGGAUGAAUGCAUUCUUCUAUGCAAGAACAAUGGAAUAAUCCCUGAAGGAUUUGAGUACAUCGGUAGAAAAGGGUAUUCUGUAGACUCCGAUAAGUUUCAAUUAGUUAUUGAGUUCCUCGAUUCUUUCUAUAUUGAAUUUAAAAGAUUAGAAAAUGAAUCGAGUCUUGGAAACGACAAGAUGUUGUUUAUGGCAUCCUUUGAGGCGUCAAAAUGUCUUGGCAUGGAGUAUCAAGAAGAGUUUUUUCGUGGUGUUCUUGGGACGAUCGGAUCAUCAGAUGCAUCUUUGCGAUCCUUUAUUAUAGAAGAAGUAUUCAAGGCCAGAGAGAGGUUCGAAAAGCUUAUCAUAACGAUGUUCUACAAAAGCUGCAAAAGGGUCAUGUAUCCUGCCAUUGAAGUAGUAUGUGAAAUGAUUAGAUUAGAAACAGAGGAAGAUUGCUUGGUUAUUUUUGGGAAUAAUCAUGAGAUUCUGAACAGACUAUCGCUCAUACUUCAAGAGAGUUCUGUCCCAGACGGUAUAGGUCUGACCAUAAGAAAUGCUCUAGAAAGAAACACACAUUUUUCUGAAUCAUAG